AUGUGGAAUCUGCACGUUGACGGAUCAUCAAACCGACUGGGUAGUGGAGCUGGGGUCAUACUUGAAGGGCCGAACGCAUUCGCUAUUGAACAAUCCAUUCAGUUUGGAUUCAAAGCAUCCAACAAUCAAGCCGAAUAUGAGGCUUUACUUGUUGGUCUCAGAUUAGCAAAGGAGAUGAGAGUUAAAUGCAUUACUGGUUGGAGUGAUUCAAAAAUUAUGGCCGAACAGGUUAAUGAUACAUAUCAGGUUAGGGACUCGAUUAUGCUUAAAUAUUACCAAGAAUUCAAGAAAAUAAAAGAUGAAUUUGAUGAGGUAUGUGUUCGGCACACGCCAAGAAACAUGAACGAGCGAGCCAACAGGCUUGCUAGGCUGGCUAGCCAAAGAAAACUGGGGCAAUUGCAAAGCAUGGUUCAUCAAGAAAUCCUUCAAUCCAGCAUCACCAAACAAGAAUGCAUGGACAUAGAAAAUUCAUCUCAUAAUUGGAUGACCUCAAUCAUCCGGUACCUCAUCGAUGGCAGCUUACCAGAGGAUCCAACUUCAGCUAAGAAAAUAAAAAUGCAUGCAGCUAACUACCUUCUUCUCGGCAAGGACUUGUACAGAAGAGGAAUUUCAACACCUAUGCUUAAAUGCCUAGACGACGACCAAGCUAGCUACGUCAUAAAGGAAAUUCAUGAAGGUAUUUAUGGUACCCAUUCGGGCGGACGAACUAUGGCAGCGAAAAUACUCAGAGCCGGAUACUAUUGGCCGACACUCACUCAAGAUUGCCACUUGUUUGUGAAGAAAUGCAUUCCCUGUCAACAACACGGUCUUCACCUCCACCAACAUGCCGAUACCCUUCGCCCUAUUAGCUCUCCUUGGCCUUUUGCCAUUUGGAGAAUGGACCUCCUCGGUCCUUUCCCUUUAGCGAAAGGACAAUGUAAAUUUCUCCUUGUCGCUGUGGACUACUUCACCAAAUGGAUUGAAGCUGAACCCCUUGCCACCAUCACGGCCAACAACGUACAGAAAUUCACUUUGAAAAACAUCAUUACACGUUUCGGCCUCCCUCAUGCAUUAAUUACAGAUAAUGGGCUUCAAUUUACAAAUCGGCGAUUCAAUGAAUUUUUGGAAGGCCUGCAUAUCAAGCAUAGAGUUACGUCUGUUGAACACCCUCAGACUAAUGGUCAGGCUGAGGCUGCAAACAAGGUGAUCUUACAUGAAUUAAAAAGGAGAUUGGGUUCGGCAAAGGGAGAAUCAGCAGAGAAGUUGCCCGAGAUAUUAUGGGCUUAUCGGUGCACACCGCAAACCAUAACAAAGGAGACUCCUUUUCGGCUUACAUAUGGUACUGACGCCAUGGUGCCAGUAGAAAUUGGAGAACCUUCAUUCCGAAGGAAGAAUUUCGAGGAAUCAGCUAAUAAUGGGACUCUGGCCGUCAACCUAGAUUUGAUAUAUGAGGUGCGUGGCCAGGCAGCUAUCAUGACCGAGGCUAGCAAAAUAGUGAUGGCAAGAAAAUUUAACUCCAAAGUUAACCUGCGAAAAUUUUAUGCGAAUGAUUUAAUAUGGCGGGUAACCAGAGAUGCACGUAGAGAUCGGCGAGAAGGAAAAUUAGCAACUAGCUAG